CUUCUUCUCUAAAAGUUCCGCUUCUGCUCAUCCGCCUUCUUCAGACCGAUACCAGAACUCCAGAACGGCUAUUUCCUCUCCUCCCGCCGACAUCUGCUUCUUCGAUUAUUCAAGCUGAGUGCCUAGAGGAUGGGAAACCAGCAGGAAAUUUCUAGUGAGGAAGGUAGACACAUCCUUGAAGCAAUUGCGGCAACUGGAAAGUUUUGGCACGACUGGGAUAAGCUGAAGAGUAUUCUAUCUUUCCAAUUGAAGCAGGUUGUGACAGACUAUCCAGAGGCAAACUUGACUAAUGAAUUGCAAAUUUCUUCAUUAGGAGAGCCCUUUGCAGAGUUGGUGAAAAGGUUGGAUGAUGAUCUUAAUAGCUUUAUCGUUGGUCCUCCAUUUACUUUACAGCGACUGUGUGAGAUUUUGUUGGAUGCACAAAACAUUUACCCGAAGCUCUCAAAGCUUGUCUUGGCGUUAGAAAAGAACUUAUUGGUUUCAUCUACAUUGACCAUCUCUGCCGAUCCACCAGCACCCGCGCUCAAAGCAGCUGAAACAGAUACAGAAUCUCCCCCUGGUUCCCACCACCAUCCAUCGGAAUCAAUUGUACCCAAUGGGAUUGAAACAAGAGCCGACGAUCCAGACGAAAUAAUGGGCGAGGCCGAGACAACUGAAGUUGUGGAUGGCAUGACCGUUGACAUGGAAACCUCAGAAGACAGCAGCACGGUCCCAUCUGAAGCAAAGUCUGCCGAACCAAACGUGUGAUUCAUAAAUUUGACGAGGUGGUUGGUAUUGUCAUGUAGUACUGUGUUCAUUUUCCUCACAACUGUACUCCUCCAGCUUACCUACUGGGAUUUCAGGUGCAUGCAAUAGAUUCAUGUGUCAUCUCUGCUACAUAGCCACCCUGUACGGAUGUCACGGCUAUAUGGAGGUUUUAUGCGUCCCCUUGAGAAUUCGGCUGUUCUUUAUGCGUCCCCUUGAGAAUUCCCCUUGAGGUUUUAGGCCCUGUUUGGUACACGGAAUUCAAACUGUGGAAUUGCAAUUGAGGACUUCAAUU